GCAGCUUUUGCCUGGAUCUUACAAGCCGUCUGAAUUUUUAAUUGGCUAAGGAUGGCUAACACUCCGCACGGUGGUGUGCUCAAGGACCUCCUUGCUCGCGACGAGCCGAUUCGUGAAUUGCUAGCAGCUGAAGCGCAUGGUCUGAAGGAAAUUAUCCUUACAGAGAGACAACUAUGUGAUCUUGAAUUGACGAUGAACGGUGGUUUCAGUCCCUUAGAAGGAUUUAUGAACGAGAAGGACUACAAUUCAAUGGUAAAGACAUGUGUAGUUGAGACGUUACGACUAGCGGACGGUACACUGUUCCCAAUCCCAGUUACCUUAGAUGUAUCGCGAGAGGAUAUCGAUCGGUUGGAGCUCGCACCAGGUACUCGACUUGCUCUGCGAGAUCCCCGCGAUGACGAGGCUUUAGCUAUACUAACUGUUGAGGACAUAUACCAACCUGAUCUCGUCAAAGAGGCUAUCAACGUCUUCGGAGAUGAUGACCCGGCCCACCCUUCAGUUGCGUAUCUCCGAAAUCGCGUUAAGGAUUUCUAUAUUGGAGGCAAAGUCCAAGCCAUCCAAGCACCGACUUAUUUUGAUUAUGUUGCAUUGCGCUAUACUCCAGCCGAACUUCGAGCCCACUUCAAGAAACUCGCAUGGCGCAAAGUCGUCGCGUUCCAGACCCGUAACCCAAUGCAUCGUGCUCACCGCGAGCUCACAGUGCGCGCCGCACGCCAACGACUAGCAAACGUACUCAUCCAUCCUGUAGUCGGGCUGACGAAGCCCGGUGACGUAGACCAUUAUACGCGCGUGCGCGUCUACGAGGCAAUCAUGCCAAAAUACCCUAAUGGUAUGGCUCAUUUGGCUCUGCUUCCACUUGCAAUGCGCAUGGCUGGACCGCGAGAGGCUGUUUGGCAUGCGAUUAUCCGCAAGAACUUUGGUGCGACGCAUUUUAUUGUUGGUCGGGAUCACGCGGGACCGGGGAAGAAUAGUCAAGGAAAGGACUUUUAUGGACCGUACGAUGCUCAGGAACUCGUAACGAAGUACCAUGAGGAACUGGCUAUUGAGAUGGUUCCAUUCCAGCAGAUGACGUACCUCCCGUCGACAGACGAGUACCAACCGAUUGACGAAGUCCCGAAAGGUGUUCAGACGUUGGAUAUUUCUGGGACAGAGCUUCGAAAACGUCUGCGCACGGGAGCUGCAAUUCCGGACUGGUUUAGCUAUGAUACGGUUGUCAAGGCCCUUCGUGAGAGUUAUCCUCCCAGGAACAAGCAAGGAUUUGUUCUCUUCUUGACAGGUUUAUACAAUUCCGGAGCCGACAGGAUAGCGAAAGCUCUACAGGUGACACUUAAUCAACAAGGUGGACGUAGUGUAUCGCUAUUGCUCGGCGAGACUGUCCGUUCGGAGCUUUCGGCAGAGCUCGGCUUCUCGCCGGAGGACCGUCACAAGAAUCUCUUGCGGAUUGCGUUUGUGGCAGGAGAAUUGGCACGAGCUGGAGCCGCGGUGAUUGCAGCACCCAUUGCUCCAUACGAGCGCUCCCGUGCAGCGGCCCGGGACCAUAUUAUUCAUUCUGCCGCGUCAGGCAGCAAUGUGUAUACUAUUCAUGUUGCGACGCCUCUAGAGCACUGUGAAGCGACUGACCGCAGGGGACGUUACGCGGCGGCUCGACGGGGAGAGAUCAAGGGAUUCACAGGUGUUGACGACGUGUACGAGGCGCCUGAUCGCGCAGACAUCACUGUCGACGUCACGAAGCAGAGUGUGCCGGAGAUUGUGCACAGUAUUGUUCUUCUGCUGGAGACGAACUCGCUUCUAUGAGACUCGUUGUAGUGUGACUGCUGUAUACAAGAGCUACGUUACCUAGAGUAGACAGAAUAAAAAGAGAGGACUGCAGAAGGUACUUUAGAUGCUGG